CCGCCUAGCGGGAGGCGGCGAACGAGGCCGGUUACCCAGCGUGCCCUGCGGAGUUACCGGGCCCGUGGGGAGGGGGUGUUGAAACAUGGCGGCCCUCAGUAAAGUGAUCGGAGGAAGACUGUAGAACGGGCAGUCACCGUCUCUCUCGGUUUAGGAGGCCGUUCCUCCUCCUCCAGCCCGGGGCUGGUUCCUCACGUGAUUCAACCGGGCACCUUCAACCUCUCACCCGGCCCCGAGUCACUGGGGGACUGGCGCUAGAUGGAGGAUCUCCCGGCGGCUGGUGGAAUGGCUGCUUCUGCAAGGCCGCAGGUCGGGGGUCCUAGUCAGGCCCAAGCACAGGGGGUCCCCUCAGAGCCGGGCUGUGAGCUGCCUGCCCGGCCGCCCCAGUACACCAUCCCGGGGAUCCUGCACUACAUCCAGCACGAGUGGGCUCGCUUCGAGAUGGAGAGGGCGCACUGGGAAGUGGAGCGGGCCGAGCUGCAGGCACGGAUAGCCUUUCUUCAAGGUGAAAGAAAAGGUCAAGAAAACUUGAAGAAGGACCUAGUUAGAAGGAUAAAAAUGUUAGAAUAUGCUUUGAAACAGGAGCGGGCAAAAUACCAUAAAUUAAAAUAUGGAACAGAAUUAAAUCAAGGCGAUAUGAAGAUGCCAGCCAUUGAAUCGGAAGAAACCAAAGAAUCUGAGAUUCCCCCAGGGCUUCCGAAUAGUCAGCUGACCUGGAAACAAGGCCGGCAGCUGUUAAGGCAGUAUCUUCAGGAGGUGGGCUAUACAGACACAAUAUUAGAUGUUCGGUCACAAAGGGUACGCUCUCUGCUCGGACUUUCAGGUUCUGAGCCAAAUGGUUCUGUAGAACCGAAGAACCUAGAACAGAUCCUUAAUGGUGGAGAUGCUUCACUCAAACAAAAGGGACAGGAAAACAAAAGGAACUCAGGUGACGUGCUCGAAACAUUUAACUUCUUAGAAAGCACAGAUGACAGUGAUGAAGAAGAUGAAGGGGACAUCAUAGAAGAGGUCGAUGGGAUGGAUAAGCAGCGGUUAAACAAAAAACAUAGAAUUGGAAAUGAAGGCUUAGCUGCUGAACUUGCUGAUGACACAGAGGAAGCUUUGAAAGAGUUUGAUUUUCUUGUGACUGCAGAAGAUGGUGAAGGUGCUGGAGAGGCCAGAAGUUCAGGAGAUGGGACUGAGUGGGACAAGGACGUCCUGUCCCCAACUGCUGAAGUUUGGGAUGUAGACCAGUCUCUGAUUAAUAAUCUCAAGGAGCAGUACAUGAAGGAGCGCAAGGGGUCAAAGGGGGCUAAGAGGGUAAACCGGACGAAAUUGCACGAUAUGAUUGCGGACCUGGGUGAUGAGGAACUGUCCCGCAUCCCUCCAGGCCUCCUGAGUCCGUCCCGUUCACCAACCAGAAUAACAGAUCAUGAAGGUGGGAGGGCAGAGGAAGCCGAGCCCAUAACGUUUCCAUCUGGAGGUGGGAAGACAUUCAUCAUGGGAUCAGAAGAUGUCCUUGAGAGUGUUCUGGGACUUGGGGACCUAGCUGACCUUACUGUGACUAAUGAUUCAGACUACAGUUAUGAUAUGCCGUCCAAUAAGGAUGCAUUUAGGAAGACUUGGAACCACAAAUAUACCCUACGAAGUCACUUUGAUGGUGUAAGAGCACUAGCAUUUCACCCAGUUGAGCCUGUCCUGGUGACCGCAUCUGAAGAUCACACCCUAAAAUUAUGGAACUUGCAAAAAACAGUCCCUGCCAAAAAGAGUGCUUCAUUCGAUGUGGAACCAAUCUAUACAUUCAGAGCUCACAUGGGUCCUGUCCUUUCCCUGGUGGUCAGCUCUAGUGGAGAACAUUGCUUCAGUGGAGGAAUAGAUUCUACAAUACAGUGGUGGAAGAUGCUAAGCUCAAAUGUGGAUCCGUAUGAUACGUAUGAUCCUAGUGUCCUUUCUGGCACGUUGCUUGGGCACACAGAUGCUGUAUGGGGCCUGGCUCACAGUGGUGUUAAAGACAGACUGCUUUCUUGCUCAGCUGAUGGAACGGUUCGAUUAUGGAAUCCACCAGAAGGUGUGCCAUGUAUUGGCACAUACAAUGGAAACAAAGAACAUGGUAUCCCCACAUCAGUGGAUUUUAUAGGCUGUGAUCCUGCCCAUGCUGUUGCCUCCUUCACCUCUGGCUGUAUUGUGAUUUAUGACCUGGAGACUUCACAGUCCCUGCUGCAGUUAUCUGCUCCUUCUGAUUCUAGUAUCCCGUUUUGUGGCCACAUAAACAAGGUUGUGAGUCACCCUACUCUUCCUGUUACUAUUGCUGCCUAUGAGGAUAGGCACAUUAAAUUUUUUGACAACAAGUCUGGGAAGACCAUUCAUUCAAUGGUUGCACACCUGGAUGCUGUUACUAGCCUUGCAGUGGAUCCUAAUGGAAUUUACCUAAUGUCUGGAAGCCAUGACAGCUCUAUUCGCUUGUGGAAUCUGGACAGCAAGACUUGCGUACAGGAAAUUACUGCCCAUCGCAAGAAGUUGGACGAGUCGAUAUACGAUGUUGCCUUUCACCCAUCCAAAGCAUUCAUCGCCAGUGCUGGAGCAGAUGCUCUGGCCAAGGUUUUCGUGUGACCCUUCCAUAUCCCUCCCCUCCUGUCCUUACACAGUGCCACAAGUGCAUUUUGGAACAAAAAUGAAGGUCACUUGCAGUAUUUAACCAAGUUCUUACAACAUCACUGCCAAGAGGAAUUUUCUCCAGUGCCGACACUACAAGAUGACUCCUGCAGAAUGGGGGGAUACUGGUUACCGCACCCGUCUGGCGCUAGCCUCUUCAUCUUCUCAUUUAUCAGGAUGGCUCUAUCCAGGGCUUUAGUUACUGUACUCUAAUCCCUCUUUUUGUCACAGUAACCAGUAUUCACAGCCCCAUGCAGAGCGUGUCUCUCCUUUUAUUAUAUGUACGAUAAAUAUUCUCUUCUACAAUCGAUAUGGAGAAAAAGGAAAAAAAAAAUCUUAUUAUUUUUUUGCACCUUUAACUUCAGGUCCUGGGUGUGUGAAUCAAGAGCUCAACUAACAUGGGGUUAUGGAGCAGCUUAGCAAAUUUGGAAUAUGCUGUAGUGUAUCCAGUGGUUUGUUCAUGCCAGACAGUUACAAUGCAAUAAAGAAAUCACAGUUUCCCUGGAACUUGAAAGGACUUAGAGGAGCAAGGAAGCCUGCUCUGCACUAUGCUACCCAGUUCAGAUUGCAAUACCUUGAUAGAAUGUAGCCAUUUGUUUUAAAGGCUGGCAUUGUAGAAUUCAGUGUCUGGCUGCCAAUGAAGGGAUUUUAUUUUAUUUUUAACUUUGUCUCUGUUCUUGGACAGUGCUAGUGUGUUACUAUAUAUUUUUUAACAUUAGUCCUGCAUAUAUACAGGUUUUGACCUACUAUUUUUAUGCUU